CAAAGUUUAACGUGUCACAGCACUCCGUAUACGAGUACAUGUAGGCCUACAUGCAUUUAGCACGUCAAUGCAUUAUCGACAUUUGUCCACGAGCACGCUGGGCAGCGUGGCUGUAUAGAGUAGGACGCUGAGCUGAAAAUUACCUGGAAGAAGAGGCUGAUACCUAAUUUACGGGCAGCUAGGAUCCAAAGUUUCCUGCGACGUGCUUUAAGUUGGGAUGAUCCAGCAGAGUGUAUAGUAGAGUACGAUAUGGUUACAUCAUGGCAUCCAAUGCCACUGCCCUUUUCAACAUCAGCAGUUAUGAUGAGGAUCCGCUACUCGACGGUGAACUGUGGUCAACGUACUUAAAUGGCGGUAUAUUUGCUGCAGUGCUUUUUGUUGUAAUCGUUCUUGGUACCGUUAUACUCUUAAAAUUACAUGGAUUACGGACACAACCAGGGAGUCAAGAAGUGUGCGAAAAAGAGCGGUACGAAACAGAUGGAAAAACGAAGGAAAAAGGCAAUGAUGGGCAGGUGCUGCCGCCUAGCGCCGAAACAGAAACGGCAAGCGCAAGCCGCGAGAAAACGCCCCCGGUGAAUGACGUAAAAGUAACCACUCCCUUGUCUCUGUCCCCACUCAAAGCCGGGUAUUACUAUUACAGUUUCCAUGGCGAUGACCCGGAUCUACAAGGUUUUGGUGACAAUGGAAAUAUUUAUGCAAAUGGCGACAUAGUCCGCGCCUAUAAUUUGGAGACUGGUUCAUUAGACCACAAGAGAUUGAGUAGGUCUUUAAAACGAAUGGUAUCUGAGAUCAAGGAAAUCCGAGGUCAGGACAACACAGACACAGAAAGUGCCCAGAAUUCAUCAGGGAGUGUAUCAGUAGAUGGCAUUGUAACAGAGCUACGUGACGUAACGUGAGACCACGUGCUCGUAAACUUAACAAAAUGACAACUGUUGAAAAUACGUUUUUUUAAAGUAGGUAGGCCUAUAUGUAGCCCGGUGCAGUGAACUAAUACAUGAAUGUGCUGUCAGCUCUUUGUAUAAUAUAUAAAAUGUAAAAAAACUAGAAAGAGGUGGCCGUCCCCUCCUUGCACUGCAGUUAUCUUUUGCUCUCCUAUUUUUUUAUUCAAAUAAAGAUUUUUGCGGUAAGCGUAUAGGCCAAACAGUUUUUUUUUAAGUUCCAAAGAAUAAUUUGAUUUGCAGGUUAUUUAUUGAUCUCUCGUAUAUGAUCUAAACAUGCCACACAAUGUUCAGCAAUGAAUGACAAUAAAUGACCAUUUUAAAGCAAGAACGGUGUCCAGAUUCUUUUCAAUUUUUCAGACGAAUCCCACUAGAUUGUCGCGGCACGGGGGUUUUCUUUUAAAAACCAAUAUAUAACAUUGCCGCCUUUGUCGACAAAUGUCACAUUAGCCACAUUGUUGUGAAUUGUCACCCCCACGAACCCUGGUGUGGAUUCGAAGAACUCACUCGUGUAUCCUUUAUCUACGACGUCCUGAAGGCUCUCUUCGCUCCGGUCGUACAGCUUCGACCCGGAACCGGAA